AACCCCCGCCGCCCGCUUGCGCUUUCCCUCCCCUGAUAUUUCCGGCCGCUCCCUCCCCUGUAGCGCGCGCACCGCCUCGCCCCGCGGCCUCGCUCGCAGCCGCCGGCCCCGCCGCCAGCUGGCCCGAAUCCGGCGCGGGCCCCGCCGCGAUCGCCUCUCGCCCGGCCAAAACCCCCCGCCGCUCCGGCCUGCGGACGCCACGCGGAGCCCCCCGCCGGCGCCCGAUGGCCGGCCACGGUAUGUCGGUUCCGCUCCCACCCGAAGCCUAUAAAUUCCUCGCCGCCCCGCCCCUCGCCGCCCAUUUCCUCCUCCUCCUCCUCCCCCACCUGCUCUCCCCCGUCCACCCUCCACGCCCGCGAGCCCGCCGCCCCCCGUCGCAUGCCGCCAUGGACCGCGCCGACGCUGGCGGCAGCAGUAGCAUUAGCGACCCCGACGCGCCCUACUCCGCGGCGGCCGCGCUGCUGCUGGAGCCCAAGCUCGAGGACGAGGAGCUGCCGCUGCGGCAGCUGGCGUCGCCGGGCCCCUUCGUGCCCCUGGACCAGCUGAUGCCGCCGGCGGCCGAACCGCCGCGCCCGCUCGAGGCGCUGCUGCAGGGCCCGCAGCUGCCGCCGUUCCUCUCCAAGACCUACGACCUGGUGAGCGAGCCGGCGCUGGACGUGAUCAUCUCCUGGGGCGCCGCGGGGAACAGCUUCGUCGUGUGGGACCCCUCCACCUUCGCGCGCGACGUGCUGCCGCACAACUUCAAGCACAACAACUUCUCCAGCUUCGUCAGGCAGCUCAACACCUAUGGUUUCCGCAAGGUUCAUGCUGACAGAUGGGAGUUUGCUCAUGAAGAUUUCCUGCGAGAUAGCAAGCAUCUGUUGAAGAGAAUUGUCAGGCGCAGGUCCUCCCCAACACAACAAAGCAGUAUUCAGCCUGGCUUAUCUUCUGGAGAAUCCAGCUUGGACCCUGAGCUCCACACACUGAGGAGAGAGAAGAACGCACUGCUUGAAGAGGUAGCCAGGCUUAAACAGGAGCAUCGUCAGACAAUUGAGCAAAUGAGCACACUGAAUCACAGGCUGGAGUCGGCGGAGGACAGGCAGAAGCAGAUGGUCUCUUUCCUGGCCAAGCUCCUUCAGAAUCCAAGCUUCGUGAGGCAACUGAAGCUGCAUAGGGAGCAGAAGGAGAUUGACUCCAUCAGGGUGAAAAGGAAGUUUCUGAAGCAUGUACCACAUAGCAGUAUAGAGUCAGGUGAGUCCAGCUCACAGCACGGCGGAGAUAGUGGUUCACAAUUUCCUGCGAGUUCUCCCAUGGAUACAAGUGCUCACGAUGACAUUGCAGAACUUCAGAAUUUUCUCUUGGAAGACGAUGACCUCAACUUUGGUAUGGAUCCAGACAACAUUGGUCUUGACAGAGUCGAGCAACCGGAUGACAUCGGGGUACUGGUUCAGAGCUUUGAUACACAAGAAGAACUUGAGCUCGGCAGUGGAGCUCAACUACUGGAGAUGCCUCCUGCUUCUGGUCCUCUUGGUCAGGAUCCCACCAUCGGCAGGUCCAAGGGUAAGAGUGUGCUGUGUCCAGGAUUGGACGCUACCUCUUCUGAAGCCAGCUAUCUCGGAUCAAUAUCGGACACUAUGGGGGCGCUUUCAGGUACCAUGCUAGGGACAGCAAGCACAAUGAUGGACGCUGACGAGGAGCAAAUGUGGGGCGUGGAUGCUUCAGCGCCUCUGCAAAGCACUUGCAGCGGCUCUAGUCAGCAAACCUUCAGUAGUCUUGCCAGUGAUCCCUAUCUGAUGGACAUUGCCAACAAGCCUGACAAAUUCUGGGACCUUGAUUUUCAGACACUCGAACAAGGUGAUCUGCAGCUGGACAAGUGUGCUAUUGAUGACCCUACUCUUCAGCAGCAGCAACAACGAAACAUGAAGGAUCCCUAGAUCUAUUUCCAUGUGAUACUUUAUCGACCUAAGUAGUAAAAUCAGCUAUGGACUUGCUGUAGUUAUUUUGAUAUUUAGGAGGCUACUGAACUCCUAGAUAUGCCUACUGUGGCACUUGGACUUGGUAGUAGUAAUCUUGUGUUUUUGUUUCCCAUUCUUUCACCUAGUGUUUUUGAAUUGGAAACUCCUAGCCUACGAUUUGUUCGGAGCAGGUGAUGACUGCUUGGCCGAUUCUUUUUGUUCCCAAUUAUUAUUGGAUUUUUCUUCCUUGCUGAUGUCUUGAUGAGCCAUGGGAUCUGAACCCUUUUUUCCAUCUGAGACUCAAGCAAAUUGUAAGGGUA